AUGGGCUGCAUGAAAUCAAAGCAAACUUUCCCAUUUCCUGCCACAUUUGAGAAUGCAAAGCAACAUGCAAGUGAAGAAAGCUUUAUGCUGGAAGAGAGAUUUCUACCAAGGAUGCCUUCUCCAGUUGUUCCAGUUGUCAAAGAGAAAGUGGAAACACCCCCAGUGCCCAAUCUUGUGGUCCUCGAAUAUGCACACCGUCUGUCCGAGGAAAUCUUGAAUGAUGCCUUGCAGCAGUGGGCAUGCAAUAACAUCAAAUACUGUGAUAUCCCAUACAUUGAGAGUGAGGGGCCUUGA